GCUGGUCUAACUGAGAGUACAACCACAAUAUGUAAAUAUCUCCUGUAGGUAGUCCUUGUUAAAAACAAGCAAAAUAUUUCCCUAUUUCCUGGAGUACAUAGAGGAGCAUCACAUUUCCCAUAGCACAAUCUGGGAGCAACCAGUGAAACCAGGUAAAAAUCUAUAUUGUCUCAUUACAGUAAUCAUUAAAUUUGCAGCAGCUAAGAUGGAUAAGAGAAAAUGUGAAAUAUAUUUCUUAUCUUUGAAAUCUUGUUUUUUAGUAAUGUUGGGUCACAUCAAUCUAUCUGACUUGUACAAACAGAACGUGAUCUCCUUACAUUAGUUUGUCUCGGUAUGAAGUAUUUGUAGAUGUGCAAGGUUGAUGCUUACAUUGAUACAUAAAGUUAGUGCUGUGUCUUCUUUUGGCUUAUCAUCCAAGUGUUGUAUAACAGGAAGAGAUCGAAUUGAUCUGAAUGUAUCUAACUUCAUGACCCAAUCAUCUGAAGAAAUGGAAUUGUUGGCCUAACACUAUAUAGUUCAAGGCUCUGGGCGACUGGCAUGCAUUUCAGACCGGACUACUUGAUUGGUGGCAUUGACUGGUGGUGGUUGAAAUGUUCCACCUUUGUGAUGUCUGAUGCUGGUGGUUCUUUUCAGCUCCCAGGAUGUCUGGCUCUUCUGAGCACAGGGAGCUGGAUAGGAUCUCUGUGGAGAUGAACCAACUGUCAUUCAGGAGGCAGCAACUGAUCGACCGCAGGAACAUGCUGACCAUCCUGCAGGAGUUCAGGAACCGCUCCAACCGCAAUAGCACAGCAGAUGGCUCCAAGGAGCAGACUGAGAUUCAAUUUCUUGAUAAGGAACUGCAGGAGCUGUCUGAGAAGAAAAGAGAGCUGCAGAAAAGGCAAGAUAACAUUCUCCAUUCCAAGGACCAAAGAAAAGAGUGCAUCAUCAGUCAGGGGGGCGUGUCUGUUCUCCCUGACCCCUCUGUUGUCUUUGUUGAAGCUCCACCCUCUAUACCAGCUCCGGAGGUGAUCAUGGACAUCCAGAAACUUCCUCCCUGCUCAUCUCAGACCCAGUGCCCACAGUGUCGACAGUUCAUCACCACAGAGAUUGUCACUUCAGUAGGCAAUGUGGCCUGUCUGGUCUGUGUCACAAUGUCUAUACUUGGCUGUGUGGCUGGCUGCUGCCUUAUCCCUUUCUGCAUUGAUAACUUCAAAGAUGUCACGCAUAGAUGUCCUAAGUGUCGAUGUUCAAUAAUCACCAUAAAAAAGCUCUGAGGUAAGGGCCCACAUGUACACAGAGACUAAUAAACAGGUCUCAGACUGGGCUUGGACAUCUCCUCUUGUGAUGAUGAGGCAUCUACCAUGAAUCUGAGGUGACCCAUUUUGGGUUCAGUAGACACCCAGUCCCAUCAUGCGGGUACAGGACAGCAGUGGAUGAGGAGGAAAUGGACAAUGAAUGUUGACUGGAGCCAAGCCAUAGUGAAACAUGUUCUGCUGAGUGAGAAGUGAUCCUAAAUUCCCAACAACUGUACUGUGGUCAGUGUCACUCCCACCACUCCGAUGAUGAUGAUGUAAAAAGCCUGUGUGAAUUGUAAAACAGGAAAAUAGUGUUUCAAGGUCUGUGAACUCUAAAGCUGCAUGUGACUUAUCCAAGCCUAGUGGUGGCUGUGUUAGGAACUCCUUGGUAAACAAAGUCACAUGAUAUGGUUGUUUUAUUUACUAACCACAACUGAAUGAUUGUCACACACAAUGUACAUGACCAUUUUUAUUGACACAAAAAGGCUAUAUAUACACAUUAUGGGUAUACAGUAGUACGCAUACUGUACACACCAAACAGUCUUAAUACAAAAGAGCUUAGAUGUGCUACGUUUGUAUAAAAUGUACGAAAAGAGCUCAUGUGCUACGUUUGUAAAAAAUAAAAUAAAUGACAAAAUAUAUACACAAUGUGCAAAAUGUAUGGCAUACUAUGUAUCAAUACACUAUUGCAAGGGAAGGGGCUAUACUAGUAUAGUACAAAUAAAAUGACUUCUGAUUCCA